AUGUUACUUGUAUUUUUCUCAAUGUUACUUUUUAUUUCUCUGAUAAAAGCAAAAGAAGAACUUGAUAAAUCAGCUGUGCUCUGUAUCUCGUAUUGUUUUUAUCAUGUAUAUAAGCUCUUGGUAGGUGCAUCGUGCAUCAGAGUUUUGACUUUUAUAGCGCCGUAAUUAUCUUGAUAAAUGUGUUAAUUUGAUUCUGCAGAUUACUGAUAAAUGAUCAUAAAUAAAUGUUUUUUUUCUAUUUUUCACCGUCAUUAUCUUUCAUAUGUCAUUAUCUUUCAUCGAUAAACAAUGAUAAAUGUUCUCUGAGAUAUAGGAAAAAGCUAAGAGAAACGAUUUUUCAUUCAGUAAUAAAGUCGAGAAUUGCGAUCAACAAAGAUGUUGCGACAUUUGAAGUACGGAAAAAAACACGGCGAUCUUCUGAAACAGUGCUUGGCGAUUCAAUUCAUAAAUUCUUCCAGAAAAAAGGACAUGAAAUAAUUCCUGAGCAGUGCGAUGUACUCAUUAUUGGUGGCGGUGCGAUGGGCAGUUCAAUAGCAUACUGGUUAAAGCAGACAGUGCAUAGAGAACAAUUCCGUGUUGUUGUAGUUGAAAAAGAUCCCAUGUACACCAAGGCUUCUACAACUCUUUCAUGUGGUGGCUUGCGCCAACAGUUUUCUCUUGAAGAAAAUAUUAAAAUGUCUUUAUAUAGUGCAGAAUUCUUGCGAAAUAUUAAUGAAUAUUUGAAUAUUCCCGGAGAAUCACCCAUUGACUUGAAUUUUCAUCCCUAUGGUUAUUUAAUUUUGGCAACCGAGGCGAGUGCCGAAACAUUAGUACAAAAUUCUAAAUUGCAGAACUCUUUAGGAGCGAAAAAUACAGUUCUUACUGCAGAGAAGUUGAAGCGCACAUUUCCUUGGAUAAAUACUAACGGGAUUGCGGCGGGUUGUCUUGGACUAGAAAAAGAGGGGUGGUUUGAUCCAUGGUCCCUCUUGUGUGCUUUGAAAAAUAAGGCUAGUCAUUUAGGCGCUCAAUACAUUAAUGCCGAAGUUAAGGCUUUUCAAUAUAGUACGAUUCCAGGAUGUUAUGACAAGGACAUGACUCCUGCAAAAAGAUUAAGUAAUGUAGUUAUAAAAACGAAUAGUGGUGAGAUUAGAAAAAUACAAUUCUGUAAGGCUGUAAUAGCUGCGGGUGCGUUUAGUGGCGAUGUAGCUGAAUUGGCUGAUAUUGGAACAGGUGAAGAUCUAUUAUCUGUACCCUUACCAGUAGUACCCAGAAAAAGAUACGUAUAUUGUUUUCAUUGUCCAAAUGGACCUGGUUUAAAUACACCUCUAACAAUUGAUCCUAGUGGCACAUAUUUCAGACGAGAUGGUCUCGCAGGUAAUUAUAUCGGCGGAAAAUCACCAGAACCUGACGAAGAACCAUCGGUGGAAAACUUAGAUGUUGAUCAUGAAUUUUUCGAUAAUAAAGUUUGGCCUGCUCUUGCUCAUAGAGUACCUUCAUUUGAGAAUUUGAAGGUGAAAUCCUCGUGGGCUGGAUAUUAUGAAUAUAAUACAUUUGAUGAAAAUGGUAUCAUCGGACAGCAUCCUUAUCAUAAGAAUUUAUACAUAGCGACUGGUUUCAGCGGACAUGGUAUUCAGAAAGCACCUGCAAUAGGACGUGCGAUAUCAGAGCUGAUCUUUCAUAAUUGUUUUACAAGUAUAGAUUUGUCGAGAUUAAGUUUUGAAAGAUUUUUAAAAUCGGAGCCCAUGAGAGAAGUUAAUGUCUUUUAGAUUUUUUGGAAUAGAAAAGUAAUA